AUUGCUCAGUCUGCCAAUACACCUUGUACGGAAAGUGUGUUACAAUUACUCUUGCAAGAGCUUGCCAUCGAUAGAUCAUCUGACUAAGUGUUAGAAUGAUUUAUUAAAAGUAUUUAAUAGGUGUUUGGUUUUGAUUGUUAAAACAAAAAUUUCAAGAAGAUGGUCGAUACAUCUAAAGAAGAAGCACCAGCUGCUACGCAAGAGGUUGGGGAUAUCGAAGGAGAACCUAAGAAGCUCAAGUAUCCCCGAGCCAUUCCGUUUAUCAUCAGCAAUGAGUUCUGCGAACGGUUUAACUAUUAUGGCAUGCGAACUGUGCUUGUGCUCUAUCUCACCAGGAAGUUGGACUUCGACGAUGACACGGCGACGGUGCUGUAUCACACUUUCACCACAUUGGUGUAUUUUAUGUGUGUGAUCGGUGCGAUCAUUGCUGACAGUUGGUUGGGCAAAUUUCGUACAAUACUAUACCUAUCCAUUGUGUAUACGAUCGGGAGUGGAUGCAUCACACUGGGAGCUAUCCCUACCUGGGAUCUGGAUGCACGUGCGAUGACCAUUGCUGGAUUGCUGCUGAUCGCUUUCGGCUCUGGUGGCAUUAAACCAUGUGUUGCCGCGUUCGGGGGCGAGCAAUUUAAGCUACCAGAACAGGCAAAAUAUCUGGCACUAUUUUUUUCAAUGUUUUACUUUGCGGUAAAUUCUGGCUCGUUCGUGUCGACCAUGGUAACGCCAAUUCUACGGGAAGAUGUGAAAUGCUUCGACGACGAUGAUUGUUUCCCGUUAGCAUUCGGAGUGCCCGGAGUACUGAUGGUGAUAUCCAUUAUCAUAUUCAUCAUUGGCAAACCACUCUACAAAAUAUCCGCACCCGCGGGCAAUAUGUUUGUGAAGGUUUCUAAAUGUAUUUGGACGGCCAUCCGGACGAGAUCACGUGAGAAAUCCAUCAACCCUCGUGAACAUUGGUUGGAUUACUCUGAAAAGCGCUGGGGACGCCAGCUGGUCGAUGAAACACGCAUUUUGCUCAACGUACUGAAGUUGUAUAUUCCGCUGCCAGUGUUUUGGGCGCUUUUCGACCAACAGGGAUCACGUUGGACUUUCCAAGCAACCCGCAUGGAUGGCGAUCUGGGUUUUUGGACGAUCAAGCCGGAUCAAAUGCAAGUGAUAAAUCCUCUGUUGAUUUUGGUAUUUAUUCCACUGUAUGAGGUCGCUUUCUACCCGCUGCUGAGUCUAAUCGGAAUUCGGCGACCGCUACAGAAGCUAACUCUCGGUGGAAUAUUUGCUGGCUUAGCCUUUGUUAUAUCGACCAUUGUGGAGAUUCAGCUGGAAUCGACGUAUGCCGUGAUGCCGAAAGCGGGCGAAGCUCAGUUGCGAAUAUUCAACGGCAUGCCCUGUGACUAUCGCAUUCAGUCCAACAUUCCCGAACACGCCGACUUUACGCUGAAGAGUAUGAGCAUGUUCGAAGAGAAGUACCUAAAUGUGAAAGGAAGCGCUACAUACACGUACACACUUUCAUCCACUGGCCCUGGACCAAAUUGCGCGGUGGCAGAGGAACAGCGCACCUUUGUGGUGGACGAAGAAAAACAGUUGUCGUACUUUAUACGCAAACAAGAUUCGGGCAUCAGUCUUUUGAGAUAUGAAGAUGAUACCGAAAAGUCUUCCAAGGGUUACCCCGUGUUCCGCGUGCUCGGGAAUACAGCCACUAACCGGACGGUGGUGUUCCGAGACAUUGACUCAUCCGAUGCGUUCGAUAGACACAAGAACGGGUCGUAUGUAUACGAUCGGGUGGAAUCCUAUCCUUCUGAUUACGAAAUAUAUGUAGAUGGAGAGCUUACAUUGACCUACACAAUGCGACUUGGCGGUGUGUAUGCAUUCAUCGUAAGCGAUAUCGAUGGCAUGAGCACUACCCCUAUCAUCGUCACCGAACCGAACUCGGUCAACAUGCUUUGGCUCAUCCCCCAGUAUGUGGUAAUGACGCUUGGAGAGGUUAUGUACUCUAUAACGGGACUGGAAUUCUCAUUCACACAAGCUCCGGAGAGCAUGAAAUCCGUCCUGCAAGGAUGUUGGCAAUUAACAGUCGCUGUGGGUAAUCUGAUUGUGGUUAUCGUAGCAGAAGCAAAAAUCUUCGAUGAACAGAAAUGGGAGUUUGUACUGUUUGCUGUGUUGAUGUUUGUCGACAUGGGUCUGUUUUCUAUAUUGGCAUGGCGUUAUAAACAAAUUCCACUGAAAAACUAUGACGAAGAAGAUGAUCCAAAUGCUACGCUACCCAUCGACCAGAAGGAAGAGAGUGGGCUCGAUAAUCCUGUGUUUAAGAAAUCAGAUGAGUAGAGAUGAUACAUCACUAUGAUGCCGAAACUAUGCAAUAGUGUGCGACAUAAACCUUAUCAAAACGAAAGGCAUAACAGUUGCGAGUCAAAAUCAAGCUAAGGCGUAGCAACAUCGAGGGGUCCGUGUGAAACAGCCGCAUAGAGAUGGAAAGAGAGAGAUAGAAAGAGAGAGAGAGAGAGAGAGAGAGAGAGAGAGAUAGAAAGAGAGAGAGAAAGAGAGAGAGAGAGAGAGAGAGAGAGAGAGAGAGAGAGAUUUGAUUAAUGAUUUGGGGUGAAAUAAUAAAUUUUCUAUGAAAAUUUUUGCUUAAUAAAUAAUUUGUCCAUGCAA